AUGUGUAAUUGCGAUCAGUGCCCAUCAGGUUUCAAUGCAAAACGUAAUUUGAUAGCACAUCAAAAAAAACAUAUGGGUGUACGUUUUCCGUUCACUAUAUGUCCUUCGACAUUCUCCUACAAAACCGGGCUCAACAAACAUACGAAGAAUAUUCAUGGUAUCGUCAACGUUCCAGUCCGUUUGAGACCGACGCCAGCUACACCCAUCAUCACUCAACCUGCUCCAGCCUGCUCCAUCAGGUCCAGAUUGCGCCGCAAAUAUUUGUACCAGAUAUCCCGGCCGGUGGUUUCGAAUGUGGUAACCGAAGACGACAUUUGUAUGGAAGCCAUGGAUGAAUUCGAGGAUACAGGUUAG